AUGGCAAGGCAUUUGUGGACUCUCAGCAAGAAAUCAGAUUCCUUGUGGGUUAAGUGGAUUCAUUCAUAUGUCAUCAAACGAAAAUGUCUUUGGCACAUGAGAUUACCACAAGAUUCUUCUUGGACCAUCAGGAAACUAUUCAAGCUCAGGGAUCAAAUUCAACCCCUUAUCAAGUAUGUGGUUGGCAAUGGGAGUAAAAUUUUUCUUUGGUUGGACAACUGGCAUACUGAAGGUCCUCUUUAUAAGGUGUUUGGGGAGGCUAUUGUAAGGAAUGUUGGGAGUUCCCUCCUUGCAAAAGUUUCAUCAAUCAUUCAUAAUGAGGAUUGGCAUUGGCCUAGGCAACGUACAUAUUCUGUUAAAUCUGUUUUGGAAGCUCUGAGAACUCCCAAUCCAAAGGUGCCUUGGGCUUCAAUUGUUUGGUUCAAACAAAACAUACCCAGAUGGGCUUUCAUUAUGUGGCUCGUAUGUUGGGGCAGACUUUCAACCAACGAUAGACUCUUAUCCUGGAGAUUGGUAGCGGAUCCUAUGUGUGUUCUGUGUGGGAGUGUGGCUGAGUCUCAUGGAGUGGGAUCAGGAGAUAGCCUGGGCAUUCCAUCAUCUGAAGAAACAGGGUUUCCUUCAAUGCUAUACAAGUUAGCCAUGGCUGGUUCUGUGUAUUACAUAUGGAAGGCUAGGAAUGAGUGCAUUUUUUGCAACAAACACUCUAAUCUUGAAGGCACUAUGGAGCAGCUUGUUCUUGAUGUUCGGGAUAGAGUCUGCUCUUGGAAAAAAGUGGGCAGCAAUGGUGUUAAUCAAGACCUUUGUAAAGCCUGGAAUAUUUAUGGGAAAAUUUUGCUUUGA